ACAGGCGGUAAGGCAUUACAGAAACCCUAGUUCAAAGAUUUAUCCAAAUUUCAAAAAUUUCAAGCUGUAAAAAGAUGUACGGCUCCACCGAGGAUGUAGAGCGAACUGCUUUCAGGAAUGCUGAAAAGAAAUACAAGCUUUAUUACGACAAUACCCGAAAGAAAAAGAAACCUAGAGCAGUAGAUUUGUCUGAGGUCAUUGAUUUUAAGUCUAUUUCUGAGUCUUACCAUCAAAAUGCUGAACUUCGCGAGGGCAUUUCCGCAAUUCAAUCCGAUUUUGAUAGUCCUCUUUUCUGCUUGGCAAGUCAUCCUGGGUUUUAUUUCAUUCCUGGAGCAUUAACUGUUGAGGAGCAGUGCCGAUGGAUAAAGGAGAGUUUAACAAGCUUUCCUCAACCUCCUAACAGGACCAACCACAAUGCGAUUUACGGGCCUCUACAGGACUUAUUUGCUGCUGCCAAGGAUAAUAAAGUUUUGAUUCAGGAGGAGCAGACCAAUAAUUCUGAGGUGGAAAUCAUCCAGAACGACAUAAAUGUUCCCACAUGGAAUUUUUCUGAUCAAUCAGGUGCAUUUUCCAGUGGAGUUACACGCAAAUCAGUGCCAGCCUCUGUUUUGCUUCGUAAGUUACGGUGGAGCACCCUUGGCUUGCAGUUUGACUGGUCGAAGCGGAGCUAUAAUAUUUCUCUGCCUCACAACAAGAUACCUGAUGCACUUUGCCUGCUGGCUGAAAGAAUGGCAGCACCUACCCUGCCAUUAGGUGAAGUGUUUCAGGCAGAAGCAGCAAUUGUCAAUUACUUUGGUCUCGGUGACACACUUGGUGGCCACGUUGAUGACAUGGAAAAGGAUUGGAGUAAACCUAUUGUUAGCAUGAGUUUGGCCUGUAAAGGGAUUUUCCUUAUCGGGGGAAAUUCUAGGGAGGUUCCACCUCUUGCAAUGUUUGUUCGAAGUGGUGAUGUUAUUCUUAUGGCAGGACAAGCAAGGGAAUGCUUCCACGGUGUCCCUAGGAUCUUCACUGAUAAAGAACAUGCUGAGAUAUCCUCCCUUGAGUUGCAGUUUUCUGAUGAAGAAGAUUCUGCUUUCUUGGAGUACAUUAGAAAUUCUAGAAUCAAUAUCAAUAUUAGACAAGUAUACUGAGUUUUCUCUUGAAAAUUUUGUAGAGAUGUAAUACGAAGUAACAUGACUAAACAUGAGAAAAUUGGAAAACUUUUCUCAGAAAAUGUUUUCCUCCAUACCAAACACAAACCAAUUUUUCAUAGAAUUCUCUCAUAUUUGGGGUCAUGCAGGAUAUUCAACAUUGGUCCCGUAUUUUGGAGCAUGUAGGACUGGACAAUUUGGAGAUGUUGAAAUUGUUUGGUGAUAUUAACUUACUAAAUUACCUGCGA